GGCCCGCUGCGUCAUGGUGACGUCGCGGCGUCGCUGAGAUGACGAUGUCAGUGGUAGUGGUAGUAAUGUGCGGGCUCGUGCCGCUGCCGCCGUUUCACAUCUCCACGCAUCAGCCGUGCGUUUAAACCUUCCCAGCGCCGCCCCUCACGCAUGGAGUUGCGCACCGACACGGUCCUGGCGAGUCUGGAGAUGUCGGAGGUGAAAAGCGACGGCGGAUCGUCGGAGGGCGACGCGGAUUACGAGAGUUUGCCCGCUCACGCGUCCCUGUGCACGCACAUGACAGCGGGCGCCGUGGCCGGAGUGCUGGAGCACACAGUCAUGUACCCCGUGGACUCGGUCAAGACACGUAUGCAGAGUUUACAGCCAGACCCAAAGGCUCAGUACCGCAGUGUGUACGGUGCACUGAAGAGGAUUAUGAGGACAGAGGGCCUCCUUCGGCCCUUGAGGGGCCUCAACAUUACUGUGCUGGGGGCCGGUCCCGCACACGCACUCUAUUUCGCCUGCUACGAGCGGAUCAAGCGCAGCCUUAGUGACGUCAUACAGAAUGGAGGGAACAGUCACAUCGCUAACGGUGUGGCAGGAAGUGUUGCCACUGUCCUCCACGAUGCUAUCAUGAACCCAGCAGAAGUGGUGAAGCAGAGGAUGCAGAUGUAUAACUCUCCGUACCGCAGCCUGUAUGACUGCGUCCUGACGGUCAGUCGCAGGGAAGGCCUGGCCGCCUUCUACCGCAGCUACAGCACUCAGCUGACCAUGAACAUCCCCUUCCAGGCCGUCCACUUCAUCACUUACGAAUUCAUGCAGGAACAUUUUAACCCCCAGCGCCAGUACCGGCCCGAGACGCACAUCCUGUCCGGAGCGGCGGCCGGAGCCGUGUCUGCUGCUGUAACCACUCCGCUAGACGUGUGCAAGACGCUGCUAAACACGCAGGAGAACGUGGCGCUCAGCUCCGCACAUGUUAGCGGACAUCUCUCUGGCAUGGUCAACGCGCUCAGGACAGUGUACCGAUUGGGCGGCGUGCCGGCCUUCUUUAAAGGCAUCAGAGCACGGGUGAUUUAUCAGAUGCCGUCUACGGCCAUCGCCUGGUCUGUGUACGAGUUCUUCAAAUACUUUCUGACCCAACAGGAAACACACAUCCAGGAGCUGAGGAGAGACGCUCACAAGGCCAGCACUACAUGAGUCCCGCUAGCACUGAAUCCGUUCAGCCCAUCCAAAGAGUGAGCGUGAGGAUCAACGGAAGACGCCUUCGGCUCAAAGGGGAAUGUAGACGCUCAUUUCUUAUGCAGUAGACACCCCAGCAGCUUCUGUGUUUGUUGCUAACGUAUUAAUUUAUUGGAAGAGUUUAAUGUUGUUGUUACAAGAAUGUUGCACACUACAGAACGUUUCUUGUAAACAUGACGGAAACAGGAAGGUAAAGAUGAGUCGAUGUUUUGUUUGUGUUCUCACUUGCAUAACAUAUUUUUGAUUAAGCGUGAUUGUGUGCGUGUGUAUUUAUAUAUGCACACUCACCGUCUGCUCAGUGACACAACAAAGCCGUGCGGUAGAACAUUUCUUAUUUGAUUUGAUUGGCUUUUAUGGACUUUUUUAUAUUUGAGAGGUUCAGGAAAGUUUGCUUUUAAUACUUUAUUAUUUUUGUUAGUAUUUUAUAAUUUAAGUCAUUCCUGAAUUGUGUUGCUCAACAAGAAGACCGAUUUUUAUUAUUAUUGCCUAAUCAUCUAUGAAAGCUGCCUGAGCUUCAAGCUUUGCAUGUUUGGUUUUACAAAUUUGAUACUAAUUUAAUCAAACUGCUUAAAUCCCAUCACACUAAAGACCUUAUGAUUUCUAAAUCCAUAGUGUAUGUAUUCCUCUGUUAAUUAACUUUACCAGUAGAAGAUAACUUUUCCUCUUGCUUUUUAAGGGCAUAGUUGUCUACGAUGAUAUAUCAGCAGUCCAUCCUGUGACAUAAUUAUGAGAUGUGAUCUAUGCAGUGGGUUUUGCAGCUUUAGAAGUUUUUCUGCGUGUUAAAACCUUGAGAGUUGAGAGCGUGCAGCUCAAAUACCUCAAACCCAGAAUGAAAUCUUUAUUCCUUAAUGAGGUUUCAUAGCUGUGACAAUCUCUUUGAGAGUCUGGGAGCAGAUUUAUUCUGUUUCCGAGCGGUUUGUGAAUAUGCAGCUGACUCAUCCUUUGUGCUCUGCCUCUCUGUCGAUCUCUAGAUUCAGUCGCCCGUUCAGAAUAAAGCUCGCCUUGUUUUUCAGAAACAGACCUUUCAGUCAGAGUAGAGGGCAUAUUUAAUUUGUUACGAAUGAAAACAAGGCUGUAUGAGUCAUGGAAAAUCCAGAGAAGAUGGCUUUUCAGUGUUUUGCUGUUCAGGUUAUUAACAAGCAGGUGCAGGUAUGACUAAUUGGGCCUCUUACGCUAAGUUAAAACAGAAUUUCUGUGAAUUAAAGCUUUAGUUAACUGAAAAGUAAAUAUAAUAAUUUUCAAAUAAUUUCUAAACUGAUUUAGCUUUUGUUCUUCUACAAAACAUUUUAAUAUUCUCAUAAUUUUUGUCCAUCCUUUGAAAGUACACGCAAACAAAAUGUUUAAGCCUCAAAGAGUUAAUAACGGCAUCAUAAAAAUGCUUUAUAUAAUGAACCGAUUUCAUUUAGGCUUGGACUUGGACUUAACCUUACAUAGAGUGCAUCAGAUAUGGUAAACGGAAGAAAAUAUAGUUUUCAAGUGUCAACCAAGCAGCCAUUGUUAGCUUCUGUUUAACAUAACAUCUGGUCAGAAGAAUCGCAAUCAUUUCAUAUGGAUUUAUAAACUUGAUAUUUUUAGAUCUGUGAAUUUUCAAUAGAUGGACCAAAUAUUAAAAACAUCUUUACUCUUUUGGGUUUGGGUGAGUAAAUGCAUUUUUGGUUGAACUAACCCUUUAAAUUGACAUUCAGUCCAAUGUAACGAUGUUUGCAAGGCUUUACGCAAACAAUUUUCUCCACACAUUUCUCCAUUGAGACCCGAUAUGUCAGUUUUGUAGUUUUGCAAACGAGAAACUAGUUUUUAUACCCAUCAAAUUACAUAAUGCACAUGCUCUCAAGGUCUUGGAAUUUGCACUGGAAUCACGCACAAUAAUCACGCAAGUAGAGGAAUGGGUUUGUAAAUAGUGUAUAGUAUUCGUAGGAGUUGUGGAUUUUGACAACUUUGAUUUGAUUCUAUUUUAUCAGAUUUUUAACUUCUGAUUGAGAAGAUGCUUAUGUAUCCUAUGCAGGACGUCCUGUUUGUGGACCAACGGAUGAAACGCACACCAGAAGCAUCCUGCAGCCUUGAUAUCACAGCGCCAGUGUUUCGUUUGCCUCUUCGUGUUAGCAUUCAUUGAUCGUUUGCCAGUGUUCAUACUGCGUCUUUGCAAUCUAUGCAGACGACAGGACGGGACGGUGUGAGAGAGGUUUUAGUGCCAUCAAAUGAUUAAUCGCGAUUAAUUGCAUGCAAAAUAAAAGUUUGAGUUUACAUAAUA